UUUUUUGUUGACUGUACAUUCUCCCCAAAGCAUCACCUUCUUCAUCUGGGGGGAUAGAGAGAGAAAGUAAGAAAGAGAAAGAAGGAGAUGACGGUAGCAGCAGGCAUUGGGUACGCAUUAAUAGCAUUAGGCCCUUCAUUAUCACUCUUCAUCUCUGUCAUCGCCAAAAAACCCUUCUUGAUCCUCACUGUUCUCUCCAGUACACUACUAUGGCUGGUGAGUUUGAUUAUACUUUCAGGGCUUUGGAGGGGUUUCCUUCCUUUCAAGUCUACAUCAUGGUGGCCGUACGGAAUUCUUGUCUUUACAUCUGUUUGCUUUCAGGAAGGGCUUCGGAUUCUUCUGUGGAAAGCUUACCUGAGGUUGGAGGACAUGUUGGAUGCAUUUGCUGAUAGGCUUUCGAAACCUCGCUUGUUUCUGACAGAUAAGAUGCAAAUUGCUCUAGCUGGUGGCUUAGGUCAUGGUGUGGCUCAUGCUGUUUUUUUCUGCCUUAGCCUCUUGACACCUUCAUUUGGACCAGCAACUUAUUAUGCUGAUAGAUGCACGUGGAUGCCUUUCUUUCUUAUUUCUGCAAUUAUUGCUCUAGCAUUUGUUACAAUUCAUACCUUCUCAAUGGUCAUUGCCUUCAAUGGAUAUGCUGAAUCGAAGAGAGUUGAUCAGUAUUUUGUUCCCGUAGUUCAUCUGAUUGCCGGAAUGCUGACGCUCAUUAAUUUUGCUCCUGGAGGGUGCAUGAUUUCCAUUCCCUUGCUAUAUUUUAUGGCUGCAUUGACACUGAUUCAUUGUGGGAAGAUGGCGUGGCGAAGAAUGGUUGAUGAACAGCGUAGAGGGAUUACUUUGCAGUAGCUGUACGUUGUCUUUCGUGCAAAUUCAUCUGGUAUUACUUUGCCAGUCCCACAAUGCUCCUUAAUUAAACCAUACUCUUCGAGUCCCACUACAGAAUCUUCUUCCAAUGAAUUAGCGAAUCUGUAUCUUUAUACAUUGUUCCUCUAUUGAGCAACUCGAUCUCCAGUUGUUGGCGGGUUAAACGGUCAGAUGUUUUAAGGUUCAGGUAGAAGGCUGCUAAAUGGGUGCAGUUUAUAAUAGUAAUUUACCUCAGGAUGUAUACUUUUAACAAUUACAGUCAACAUGUAAAUUUCACAAUUAGACGACUAAUUUGGUAACAUAUGUUUCUUACUAAUAAUACCAUGUAAAUGUUGUUGUAAACUCCAAAUCUUUUAACAUGCUCCUAUUUUUUGGUUCUCGUA